UUGAAAGAGCCUUGAUUGAGUUCGCCAUAUUGAAUUUGCAGGUAGCGCCAAAAUUGAAAUUUUCAUUUCAAGUUCAACCCUGAAAAUACAUUAUUUGCUGACUGUUCAUAGAGCCUAACUGCAUUAAAAAACGGAAAAGAAUGUCGUCAGUAGACAACUCAAAUGGCAGCAAUGGAGAUUCCAUCAAGGUUUAUCUGCGAGUCCGUCCGCCUGACCAAGACAAUGCCAUAGACUCAGGCCAGAUACUGACCGUUCAGCAACCGGACGUGGUAAUCUUGCCAUGUAAACCGGAGCCUAAGGUCUACACCUUCGACCAUGUGGCUGAUAUACACACUACACAGGAAGCAGUAUUUGCUGCCGUUGGCAGGAGGACAAUUGAAAGCUGUGUGGCCGGCUACAAUUCCACCAUUUUCGCCUAUGGACAGACAGGAUCAGGCAAGACGUUCACAAUGAUGGGACCUGAUGAGGCUGAUAAUUUCCACCAUGAACUGAGAGGUGUCAUCCCUAGAAGCUUUGAGUACCUGUUCAGUCUCGUCAACCGAGAGCGUGAAAAGCAAGGGGAGAGAUUUGAGUUCCUGUGUCGGGUGUCGUUCUUGGAGAUCUACAACGAGCAAGUCUUUGAUCUGUUGGACUCUGCCUCCUCCGGCCUUCAGCUGAGGGAGAACUUCAAGCGAGGUGUCUUUGUGGAUGGACUCAUCGAACAGGUGGUCAGCAAUCCCAGUGAUGCAUUCCAGGUCUUGUCAACGGGCUGGUUGAACCGAAGGGUGGCUUCUACGUCCAUGAAUAGGGAAAGUAGCCGCAGUCACGCCGUCUUCACAUUCACAAUACAAACAAAGGAGAAGAAAGCUGGGGUAUCCAACAUCCGAGUCUCCCAGCUGAAUCUGGUGGAUUUGGCCGGUAGCGAGCGUCAGAAGGACACCAAGACGUCGGGCAUACGACUCAAGGAGGCCGGCAGCAUCAACAAAUCCCUGCUGACUCUGGGUCAUGUCAUCACCGCGCUGGUGGACAUUGGCCACGGGAAGACACGACAUGUGCCGUACAGAGACUCCAAACUCAGCUUCCUGCUCAGGGACUCCUUGGGCGGAAACGCGAAGACGUAUAUAAUUGCCAACGUGCAUCCUGGAGCAAAAUGUUUUGGCGAAACACUCUCAACGUUAAACUUCGCACGGAGAGCCAAGAUGAUCAAGAACAAGGCUGUGGUGAAUGAAGACACGCAAGGCAACACACUCCACCUGCAGAUGGAAAUCAAACGGUUGCGCGAGCAACUCCUGCAAUACAGGCAUAUCCCGCAGGAUCCAAAUACCUCAGGCAUGCACACACCCACAAGUCUAACCACCCCUAGCAACGCCGUAUCAGCUAUCCAUGGAAACGGCGAGAAGAAAUGGAGGAGUUAUUUCCUGGAUGCAAUGUACCUCAGGGAGAAGACUGACAUCGAAAAAAAGAAUCUUCUUGAGAAGAUCUCCAGGCUGGGAGACCUGUCCAACAAGAAGGAGCAAUACCUGCAAUCCACCAAGAUGAUCGUCAGGUUCCGUGAGAACACCAUCGCAAGGUUACAGAAAAGCCAGGCCAAUGAGGAAGCUACUGAGGAUCAGAUGGUGAAUGACUUGAAGAAUGAGAUAGGAGCAUUGAAGCAGCAGUUGUCCCACAAUCCCACCGUCACGCAGUACGCUAUGGAGAAUCGCAAUCUGCGAAAUGAAAACAAGAAACUGAUGGCGUUGCAAACGGUGCGCUCAGCCAUCGAGCACGACCACGAUCGCUCCCAACACCUGGAGAAGGUCUUCAGAGAACUCAUGGCCAGUAUAGAGGGAGGUGACAGACGAACCAGUGUGUGCCCUUCUCCCUCCCGGACACCGUCUCAGCACGGAGACCAACACAUGGCCGUCUCCUCCACCAUAGACAAAUACAAGACACAGUGUAAACAGAUGCAGGCUGAGAGGGACACAGCGAGACAGGAGCUGCUGGAGCAGACAGAGGUGAUGAGACAGACCCAGCUGAAGCUGGAAGCCGAGGUAGCGUCUUACAAGAAGACCGUCAACGAGCUUGAAAAUGCCCUGGAGGCCUUCAAGGUCAAGACCAAGAUUGAGAGGGACACCAUGAACAAUCUACACAUGAGGACUAUCAUGACUAUUACCACCCCAAAGAAGGUGGCACACAACCUGCGCAACCGAGUGGUCAUCGUGCCCAGCGCUGGCGACGGCACUCCAAUCAAUCCGCGUCGACAUUCGUCACUCCCCGAGGAUUUGUCCCCUCUCAGAGAUCAAGAGGGUAUCGUUGAUGAGGAGAUACCGGAACACAUGAUUGAACAGUGCAAUGAAGCGCUGACGGAGGAAGUUAGGAAACUCCAGGAAGAGAACUCCAGACUGCUGCAGAGUCUGCAAGACGGAGACACCUGCCAUCUGAAACUGAAGCAGACACAGGCCCUCCUGGAACGAGAACUGGAGCAGAUAAAGCAGCUUUUGGAAUCAGAACAGCAACAAAAGAUGGGGUUAAAAUCUGAAGCGUCCAAGCUCUCUGCACGACUUGAAGACAUGCAGAAAGACUAUUGCAUUGCCAAGAGUGAGGCCGAGGAUAUGAGAAUCAUGCUGCAGUCUGCAGACAAAGUGAUGGAGGAAGAGAAGAACAAACUACGUGAGGCAGCCACACAGAGAGAAAGAGAUGUCGCUGCCCUGGAAUCUAAGGUCCUGCGUAUCGAGUUGGAGCUGUCCACGGCUGAGCGAGAGAUGGAGAAACUUACCGAAGAGAAACGGGAGCUGCAGGACGUCGGCAACACGCUGCAGGAAGAGGUGAACUUCAAGGAGCAACGGCAGGAGGAAUUGGAGUCGGUCAUCAGGGAGGGGAGGGACCAUAGACAGACAAUGGCAGAGGAGAUACAGUCCUUGAUGGAGAAACUGGACGGGGAGUUUGAGAAGAAUGUGAAAUUGUCAGCCGAGCUGCGUGAGGGCUCCGACAGUAAACAACAGCUGGUGGAGAGCCUAGAGGUCAUGGAACGGCUACAAACCGACAACAGUCAGUUGCAGAACCUGUGCAGUGAAAAGGAUACUCAUUUGACGAGAGCAAAAGAUGAUUUGGAUGCAGCAGGUGCAACUAUAGUGCUGCUGCAGAAGAGGGCAGCUGAGGAUAAGGAUGCACUAGCGAAUAUGGUCACUACCGUGCAAGACCUACGCCAGACCAUCCUUCUGAAGGAAAACUCCCUCAAUAUGACUGCCCAUGAGCUGGAAGACAGCAGAUACCAAUGUGAGACCCUGCAGGCCGCCCAGGAUGAAUACAAGAACGAGGUGCAGGGUCUGCAGCGGGAGCUAGAGGAGAUGACAGAAGAGAUGAGCAGCCUGAGCUGCACUCACAACAUGCAGAUGGAGAUGCUUCAAAGCGACUUGGAUGAGGUCAGAGGUCAAUAUGAGAGCCUGAUGGGAGAGAUGACAGAGCAAGAGAAGCACCUACAGACCGUACAUGCAGAGUGUGAGGCCAGUGCCAGCCAGGUAGACUCCCUCAAGAAACAGGUCAGUCAGUGCUCAGUCUUUCAGAAUAAAGCUUAUAUGUAGCGGUGUUGUAGUCAU